GGCCACUUCAUGGUGUGUGGUUUGUCUCGAGCUUUCACAACCAAAGCGGAGAUUCCUCCUUCUUCUCAAAACUUCUCAAGCUCCGCCCACUUCCUCAAACUUCACACGUUAGAGUUGAAAAACACACGCACACACACACAGACACACACUCAGGCACACUGUCGAGGGCCAGGCUCUGUAGCCUCCAGUCUGCGGGGUCUGUGAGGACUGUAAGGCGGUAGGAUGCUGCACCGGAUCGCGGCUCUGCUCCUCCCGGUGCUCGCGGUGAGCUGCGCGAGCGCUGCACGGCUUCCUCGCGGAGAGACGCUGAACGACCGGCCGCUGAUCGGUAUUUUGACUCAGGAAGUAAAAGACCCUAAUCUAAGACCGUAUGGACGAACCUACAUUCCCUCAUCUUAUGUGAAGUACAUCGAGUCAGGUGGAGCACGAGUGGUUCCUAUUAGACUGAAUCAGACCAAAGAGGAGCAUGAAAAAAUCUUCCAGUCAAUCAAUGGCCUUAUUUUCAUCGGUGGUGCGGUGGAUCUGGAAACAUCUGACUUUGCCCACACGGCUGGAAUUUACUUCAGACUCGCUCUUAAGGCCAAUGAUGAGGGCGACUACUUCCCCAUCUGGGGAACGUGUCUGGGCUUCCAGCUUCUCACGGUACAGGUGGCUGGAGAGAACCUGCUGAGCAAAACCAUGGCAGACAACGUCUCAAUGCCCUUAAACCUCACCUCAGAGGCCCAGUCCAGCCGCAUGUUUGCUAGUUUUCCUCCAGAGCUGUUCAAGGCGCUAUCAGAGGAACCGCUCACGGGAAAUUUCCACCAUUACGGAGUGACAGAGCAGGUGUUUGUAGGAAAUGAGAAACUGAGUAGCUUCUUUACCAUAUUGUCCACGAACAAGGCGGAGAACGGAGCUGUCUUCGUCUCGACCAUGGAAGGGAAGAAGUACCCGUUCUACGGCGUUCAGUGGCAUCCAGAAGUGAACCGUUUCCAGUGGCAUCCUCAGUACAGUUUUCCUCAUUCCAAAAAUGCCGUCCAUGUGUCCUCACUACUGGCCCAGUUCCUGGUGAAUGAAGGAAGGAGAAGCUCUCACCACUUCAGUCGUCCGGAGGAGGAGAGUCAAGCGCUCAUAUACAACUAUAAUCCUGUUUACACAGCAAAGUUUAGUUCAUAUGAGCAAGUCUACUUCUUCUAAAUGAAAAACUUUUUCCUGUUCA